UCUAUAGGGCGCAGAUCCAGCGCGCGCCUGAGGGAGCGGAAGACCAACCAGCGCCCCAGCCUGGGGGGAAUGACUCCCUUCUGCCCUCACCCCGCGCUCCGCCACCAUUUCUUUACGUCCGUGCUCCGCUCAGUGUUCAAAGACGCGCGCAGCGCCGGGCCGAGAGCCGAAGCCGCGGGGCCUCCCUUCCGGACGCUGUCCAGCACUCGCAGCCGGAGCCGGGGCUGCCGCGGCGCCACGACACCCGCCACCUCCCCCAGCAAGCGGCCCCGGCCUGCGGAGGACAGCAUGCGGCUUCGCUUCGUCCGGCUCUCAGAGCACGCCACCGCCCCGACCAAGGGGUCCGCGCGGGCUGCGGGCUACGACUUAUACAGUGCCUAUGAUUAUACGCUACCACCUAUGGAGAAGGCCCUUGUGAAAACGGACAUUCAGGUAGCUCUUCCUUCUGGGUGCUAUGGAAGAGUAGCUCCCCGUUCUGGCUUGGCUGCAAAACACUUCAUCGAUGUAGGAGCUGGCGUCAUAGAUGAAGAUUAUAGAGGAAAUGUGGGUGUCGUGCUAUUUAAUUUUGGCAAAGAAAAGUUUGAAGUCAAAAAGGGAGAUCGGAUCGCACAGCUCAUUUGUGAACGGAUUUUUUAUCCAGAAAUAGAGGAAGUUCAGGUUUUAGAUGACACUGAAAGGGGUUCAGGAGGUUUUGGUUCCACUGGAAAGAAUUAAGUUAUGCCAAGAAUAGAAAAUGAGAAAACAUACUUUUUCUUAAAAAUAAAGAGUUUUUGCUUAAAGUG